AUGAUCAUCUUAUUCUGUAUCAUAGUGCUGGUGGUCCGCAGAUGGCGUCAAAACCAUCCCAAAGUCCUGUCCAGUUGGUUCAAUUGCUACAAGGGCGCUGACUAUUCGGGAAGAGAAGUAAAUUUUCGCGACGCCUACAGUGAUGGUGGCAAAGAUGACCACUUGGGCAGUGGUUUAGCCAACAAAUUAUUAGGCAGUCGUAUC